CGUCAACCUCUUGACAAGUCCCAUCCGCAGAACCGAAGGAAUAAGCCGGUCAUCAAAUCAUUCCAAGAUGGCUGGACUACCACACUACAAGGUGGCCAUGGACCCGGCCCUGGUCCGCCUGGGGAGCAUGAUCACAAACCGCUACAAGUACUUCAGGUGGACGAGGCGGACGGCGGGGAUCACCGUCAUGUACGUCUUUGUGGUGCCGAGCAUUAUCGGGUACUUGGGCUAUAAGACAGACGGUCUCUGGGACCUGCGGGCGAAGCGGAGAGGCGAUAUUAUUUCUGAGCGUUGAGGGGGAAGACCGGGAAGGAUCGAUACCCUUUGUUGGAUGAGUGUUGUACAUAUGCUGCGCGGGAGUCCCAGAUUUGGCUCAUUCAACACUCAUCCUUUAUACCAAGCUGUUACGAAGCACUGGUGUCUAGCAUUGCGACUAACUCCUGGCCAAGCAUUGUGGCCUGAUAUGUUGACGUUUCCUUAGAUGGAUAUGCUUGUUGCUAUCCUCAGCGAAAACCAACCCCAUAAGCUAGGAAGCAUCGCCGGGUCCAGCACGGGAGCUCUUUAUGUCGUUUUCCGACUUUCCCGCGGCUUGCGAUUGGAUAGCCGGAAAUGGGUACGUCAACUUGCCUUCA